UCUCUCUAAGUGAUGGAGGGCUCUUGUAGUCUCUGAGAUUCUAGCUCUCUUCCUUCUAAUAAUUUACCAAUAACCCAGUAAUAGCCUCUAAAUCCUUUCAUAUUAGCGAUGCUCAUUUCUCUUCAACAGAACAGAACCCCCCCAUCCCUCUGCCUGAUCAGAUCCAUCACCAGAGAGACCAUGUUACCUCUGGGACUCACUUCCCUCCCUUUAUUUAUUGACUGGGGGUGUCAGAACGCCCCCACUGGAUACAAUCACACAGUCACGUCCCUGCCUCCCCGACAAGGGUCUGUACAUCUUUCAGGGUAAGCCUGGCCCCAGGGAAACUACUAACAACAUUAGCCAAUCCCGUCCCAAAGACUCAAGGCUGCUAUGCCCAUAGAACCUGUCAUCCCCAAUCAAUACUUCUCCCAGAGACCCCUGGCUCCCUAUUUUCAUCUGACUUCUCCCCAUGUCUUUACUCACGGACAGAUAAGCCCCAGAUGCAGAAAUGCAACACCUGAUUCCAGGUGACUGAGUGUGGCCGGCCUUCACUGAUUUCUCCCUCCACAGGACUGGAAAGACUCAGGCUGUUUCUCUUGCAGGUCAGACUGCUCCCGGUGCCAUGAAUCGAGACGACGCCUUUGCAAAGAGACCCAGGGAUGAUGCUAAAACAUCAGAGAGGAGAAGCAAGGCCUUUGGUGAUAUUGCCAAAUACUUCUCUAAGAAAGAGUGGGAAAAGAUGAAAUACUCGGAGAAAAUCAGCUGUGUGCAUGUGAAGAGAAAGUAUGAGGCCAUGACUAAACUAGGUUUCAAUGUCACCCUCCCACCUUUCAUGCGUAAUAAAUGGGCCACAGACUUCCAGGGGAAUAUUAAUAAUGACCGUAACCGCAGGAAUGAGGUUGAACGUCCUCAGAUGACUUUCGGCAGGCUCCAGAGAAUCAUCCCGAAGAUCAUGCUCAAGAAGCCAGCAGAGGAAGGAAAUGAUUCAAAGGGAGUACCAGAAGCAUCUGGCCCACAAAAUGAUGGGAAACAGCUGUGCCCCCCGGGAAAAGCAAAUACCUCUGAGAAGAUUAACAAGAGAUCUGGACCCAAAAGGGGAAAACAUGCCUGGACCCACAGACUGCGUGAGAGAAAGCAGCUGGUGAUUUAUGAAGAGAUCAGCGACCCUGAGGAAGAUGACGAGUAACUCCCGUCGGUGAUAUGACACAUGCCCAUGAUGAGAAGCAGAACGUGGUGACCUUUCACGAACAUGGGCAUGGCUGCGGACCCCUCGUCAUCAGGUGUAUAGCAAGUGAAAGCAAGUGUUUACAACAGUGAAAAGUUGAGCAUCAUUUUUCUUAGUGUGCCAAGAGUUCAAUGUUAGCAUUUCCAUUGUUUUUUCUUGCAGUGUGCCAUUCUGUUAGAUAUUAGCAUUUUCAUUGACGAGUAAGACAUACUUAAUGCGUAUUUUGGUUUGUACGUCCAUGCACCUCCCUUAGGAAACAAGUAUAGUCAGGUAUUCUCUGCAUAGAACAGCACUACCCUCCUCCCUACCUAGAUGUGACUACUGAGGGCAGGUCUGAGUGUUUAAUUUCCGAUUUUCCUCUGCACUUAUACACACACACACACAUACACACACACAACAAAUACACACACAAACACACAC